AUGGAAAACACAUCUGCACAAAAUGUAUUGGGAAACACUCAGGAAAAUAUAUCAGGAAAUGUCAGCAGUGCUAGAACAGAUAUUGAGGAGAGUAAUGUGUUGUUAAAUGCUGCUAAGAAUGGUCGUGUUGACGUCAUCACGUAUCUGAUCAGUCAAGGAGCUGAGGUUAAUAAGGGGAGAGAUUAUGGUUGGACUGCAUUACACAUUGCUGCUAAGAAUGGUCAUGUUGACGUCAUCAAGUAUCUGAUCAGUCAAGGAGCUGAGGUUAAUAAGGGGAGAAAUGAUGGUUGGACUGCAUUGCACAGUGCUGCUGAGAAUAGUCAUGUUGACGUCGUUAAGUAUCUGAUCAGUCAAGGAGCUGAGGUUAAUAAGGGAGAUAAUAAUGGUUGGACUGCAUUACACAGUGCUGCUUACAAAGGUCAUGUUGACGUCACCAAGUAUCUGAUCAGUCAAGGAGCUGAUGUUAAUAAGGGAGAUAAUAAUGGUUGGACUGCAUUACACAGUGCUGCUAACAAUGGUCAUAUUGACGUCACCAAGUAUCUGAUCAGUCAAGGUGCUGAGGUUAAUAAGGGUAGAGAUGAUGGUUGGACUGCAUUACGCAGUGCUGCUUACAAUGGUCAUGUUGACGUCAUCAAGUAUCUGAUCAGUCAAGGAGCUGAGGUUAAUAAGGGAGAUAAUGAUGGUUGGACUACAUUACACAGUGCUGCUAAGAAUGGUCAUGUUGACAUCAUCAAGUAUCUGAUCAGUCAAGGAGCUGAGGUUAAUAAGGGAGAUAAUAAUGGUUGGACUGCAUUACACAGUGCUGCUUACAAAGGUCAUGUUGACGUCAUCAAGUAUCUGAUCAGUCAAGGAGCUGAGGUUAAUAAGGGAGCUAAUAAUGGUUGGACUGCAUUACAUAGUGCUGCUUACAAAGGUCAUGUUGACGUCGUUAAGUAUCUGAUCAGUCAAGGAGCUGAGGUUAAUAAGGGUAGAUAUGAUGGUUGGACUGCAUUACACAGUGCUGCUGACAAUGGUCAUGUUGACGUCACCAAAUAUCUGAUCAGUCAAGGAGCUGAGGUUAAUAAGGGUAGGGAUGAUGGUUGGACUGCAUUACACAGUGCUGCUGACAAUGGUCAUGUUGACGUCAUCAAGUAUCUGAUCAGUCAAGGAGCUGAGGUUAAUAAGGGUAGAGAUGAUGGUUGGACUGCAUUACAUAGUGCUGCUUACAAUGGUCAUGUUGACGUCACCAAGUAUCUGAUCAGUCAAGGAGCUGAGGUUAAUAAGGGUAGAGAUGAUGGUUGGACUGCAUUACACAGUGCUGCUGACAAUGGUCAUGUUGACGUCAUCAAGUAUCUGAUCAGUCAAGGAGCUGAGGUUAAUAAGGAAGAUAAUGAUGGUCGGACUGCAUUACACAGUGCUGCUAAGAAUGGUCAUGUUGACGUCAUCAAGUAUCUGAUCAGUCAAGGAGCUGAGGUUAAUAAGGGUAGAUAUGAUGGUUGGACUGCAUUACACAGUGCUGCUUACAAUGGUCAUGUUGACGUCAUCAAGUAUCUUAUCAGUCAAGGAGCUGAGGUUAAUAAGGGAGAUAAUAAUGGUUGGACUGCAUUACACAGUGCUGCUAACAAUGGUCAUGUUGACGUCACCAAGUAUCUGAUCAGUCAAGGAGCUGAGGUUAAUGAGGGAGGUAAUGAUGGUCAGACUGCAUUACACAGUGCUGCUAACAAUGGUCAUAUUGACGUCAUCAAGUAUCUGAUCAGUCAAGGAGCUGAGGUUAAUAAGGGAGAUAAUGAUGGUUUGACUGCAUUACACAGUGCUGCUUACAAUGGUCAUGUUGACGUCAUCAAGUAUCUGAUCAGUCAAGGGGCUGAGGUUAAUAAGGGAAGAGAUGAUGGUUGGACUGCAUUACACAGUGCUGCUUACAAAGGUCAUGUUGACGUCGCCAAGUAUCUGAUCAGUGAAGGGGCUGAGGUAAAUAAGGAGGAUAAUGAGGGAAUUACAGCAUUACACAGAGCUGUUGACAAAGGUCUUAUUGACGUCAUCAAAUAUCUAAUCAGUCAUGGAGCUGAGGUUAAUAAAGGUGAUAAUGAUGGUCGGACUGUAUUACACACCGCUGUACAGAAUGGUCAUCUUGAUAUUACUAAAUACCUGAUCAGCAAAGGAGCAGAGGUGAACAGGUUCGGAAUAGACGGGCUCACCGCCUUACACUGUGCAGCUAAAUAUCAUCAUCAAGAUACCGCGGGGUAUCUGAUCAGCAAAGGAGCUGACGUUAAUUCUGUUUGUCAUACUGCUGCAGAGAAGGGCCAUCUUGAUGUCAUUACUUACUUCAUAAGUCAAGGAGCUGAAGUAAAUUCAGCAAGAGAAGAUGGUCGGACUGCAUUACACAGUGCUGCUAAAAAUGGUCACGUCGACGUCAGCGAGUAUCUGAUCAGUCAAGGGGCUGAGGUAAAUAAAAGAGAUAAUGAUGGUUUGAUUGCAUUACACAGUGCUGCUAGAAAUGGUCACGUCGACGUCAUCAAUGCUGUUGACAAUGGUCAUGUUGACGUCAUCAAGUAUCUGAUCAGUCAUGGUGCUGAGGUUAAUAAGGGAGAUAAUAAUGGUUGGACUGCACUAUACAGUGCUGCUGACAAUGGUCAUGUUGACGUCAUCAAGUAUCUGAUCAGUCAAGGAGCUGAGGUUAAUAAGAGAGAUAAUGAUGGUUGGACUGCAUUACACAGUGCUGCUUACAAUGGUCAUGUUGACAUCAUCAAGUAUCUGAUCAGUCAAGGAGCUGAGGUUAAUAAGGAGGAUAAUAAUGGUUGGACUGCAUUAUACAGUGCUGUUGACAAUGGUCAUGUUGACGUCAUCAAGUAUCUGAUCAGUCAAGGAGCUGAGGUUAAUAAGGGAGAUAAUAAUGGUUGGACUGCAUUAUACUGUGCUGCUGGCAAUGGUCAUGUUGACGUCAUCAAGUAUCUGAUCAGUCAAGGAGCUGAGGUUAAUAAGGGAGAUAAUAAUGGUUGGACUGCAUUACACAUUGCUGCUUACAAUGGUCAUGUUGACGUCAUCAAGUAUCUGAUCAGUCAUGGUGCUGAGGUUAAUAAGGGAGAUAAUAAUGGUUGGACUGCAUUAUACAGUGCUGCUUACAAUGGUCAUGUUGACGUCAUCAAGUAUCUGAUCAGUCAAGGAGCUGAGGUUAAUACGGGAAGAGAUGAUGGUAGGACUGCAUUACACAGUGCUGCUUACAAUGGUCAUGUUGACGUCAUCAAGUAUCUGAUCAGUCAAGGAGCUGAGGUUAAUAAGGGAGAUAAUGAUGGUUUGACUGCAUUACACAGUGCUGCUUACAAUGGUCAUGUUGACGUCAUCAAGUAUCUGAUCAGUCAAGGGGCUGAGGUUAAUAAGGGAAGAGAUGAUGGUAGGACUGCAUUACACAGUGCUGCUUGCAAUGGUCAUGUUGACGUCAUCAAGUAUCUGAUCAGUCAAGGAGCUGAGGUUAAUAAGGGAGAUAAUGAUGGUUUGACUGCAUUACACAGUGCUGCUUACAAUGGUCAUGUUGACGUCAUCAAGUAUCUGAUCAGUCAAGGGGCUGAGGUUAAUAAGGGAAGAGAUGAUGGUUGGACUGCAUUACACAGUGCUGCUUACAAAGGUCAUGUUGACGUCGCCAAGUAUCUGAUCAGUGAAGGGGCUGAGGUAAAUAAGGAGGAUAAUGAGGGAAUUACAGCAUUACACAGAGCUGUUGACAAAGGUCUUAUUAACGUCAUCAAAUAUCUGAUCAGUCAUGGAGCUGAGGUUAAUAAGGGAGAUAAUAAUGGUCAGACUGCAUUACACAGUGCUGCUUACAAAAGUCAUGUUGACGUCGCCAAGUAUCUGAUCAGUGAAGGGGCUGAGGUAAAUAAGGAGGAUAAUGAGGGAAUUACAGCAUUACACAGAGCUGUUGACAAAGGUCUUAUUGACGUUAUCAAAUAUCUGAUCAGUCAUGGAGCUGAGGUUAAUAAAGGUGAUAAUGAUGGUCGGACUGUAUUACACACUGCUGUACAGAAUGGUCAUCUUGAUAUUACUAAAUACCUGAUCAGCAAAGGAGCAGAGGUGAACAGGUUCGGAAUAGACGGGCUCACCGCCUUACACUGUGCAGCUAAAUAUCAUCAUCAAGAUACCGCGGGGUAUCUGAUCAGCAAAGGAGCUGACGUUAAUUCUGUUUGUCAUACUGCUGCAGAGAAGGGCCAUCUUGAUGUCAUUACUUACUUCAUAAGUCAAGGAGCUGAAGUAAAUUCAGCAAGAGAAGAUGGUCGGACUGCAUUACACAGUGCUGCUAAAAAUGGUCACGUCGACGUCAGCGAGUAUCUGAUCAGUCAAGGGGCUGAGGUAAAUAAAAGAGAUAAUGAUGGUUUGAUUGCAUUACACAGUGCUGCUAGAAAUGGUCACGUCGACGUCAUCAAGUAUCUGAUCAGUCAAGGGGCUGAGGUAAAUAAAAGAGAUAAUGAUGGUUUGAUUGCAUUACACAUUGCUGCUAACAAUCGUCACGUUGAUGUACUCAAGUAUCUGAUGAGUCAAGGAGCUGACAUUAAUAUUGUAUGUCACACUGCUGCUGAGAAGGGACAUCUUGAUGUCAUUACUUACUUCAUUAGUCAAGGAGCUGAAGUGAACACAGCAAGAGAAGAUGGUCGGACUCUAUUACACAGUGCUGUACAGAAUGGUCAUCUCGGCAUCACUAAAUAUUUGAUUAGUCAAGGAGCUGAGGUGAAUAAUAACACUAAUAAUGGCUCAACUGCACUACACCUUGCUUCUAAGGAUUGCCAUCUCGAUAUCACCAAAUAUCUACUAAAUGAAGGAGCUCAGGUCAAUAAGGGAAAUGAUGGUGGAUGGACAGCUUUACACAUCGCUGCUGAGGGUGGCCAUCUUGAUGUUACUAAACAUCUUAUAAGUAAAGGCGCUGAGGUGAACAAGUUUGGGAUAGAUGGACUAACCGCCUUGCACUGUGCAGUUAAACAUCAUCAUUAUGAUGUUACGGAGUAUCUGAUCAGCAAAGGAGCUGACGUUAAUAUUGUAUGUCACAGCGCUGCAGAGAAGGGUCAUCUUGAUAUCAUUUCAUACUUCAUUAGUCAAGGCACUGAAGUGAACGCAGCGAGAGAAGAUGGUCUGACUCUAUUACACAAUGCUGUACAGAAUAGUCAUCUUGACAUCACUAAAUACCUGAUUAGCAAAGGAGCUGAGGUGAAUAAAGGAGAUGGUACUGGUUCAACUGCAUUACACAUUGCGGUUAUGCAUGGUCAUCUUGAUAUCACCGACUAUCUGCUCAGCGAUGGAGCUGAGGUGAAUAAGGCAACACGAAACAAGUUGAAUACCAAGAUAUCCGACGAGUACUACAAUGGCAGGUUAUCUCCAAAUGAGUCGUUGGUGUUUUAUCUCAUUGAGAAUGGCGCCAAGCUAAACGUACAGGACGAGACAGGCAACCUACCGAUCCACUAUGCCAAAGAUGAGCGAGUUAGGCAGAUGAUAUUGUCACGGUGA